CUUAGCACAACAGGAUGGCUGUAGGUAAAAGACCCCGCAUUACAGAAGCUUGAUCUCAGCUGAAGUACAAGCUUAGUGCUGGGAAGGCCAUUUCCUCCAAAGUCUUUUUCUGCAGCUCUCUGGUAGUGGGAUCUUGAUGGUAUUGACCAACAAACAAGUGUACGUGCUUGCAUUUCGUGUCCCGUUUGUAGGUGAGCAAGAGCAUACGGUGAGCAUCCAAAUAAAUAAUCAGUAUUGAGAGCUGGUUGGUUCUUGCCCGUGUCAACAGGAGCGUAACUCCCUGCGCGGCUGUUUCCUGACCAAUGAGCUGACCUUUCCAAAGGGACAUGUCCAGGCAGCAAGAGGCUGCUCUUGCUCCGUUGCUGUGGUUACGGCGCGGCAACAGUUCCCAGGGCGUAGGGAGCUCAGCUCCAUGUUGUGGUUACAGCCCUGCGACAAUUAUGAGGACGUAGGUUGCUCAGCUCCGUUGGCUUGGCCACAGCUCUGUGAGCCUUGCAGCGGGCAGUAGAACUGCAGUGGCUGCUGCGUACACAGCGGGGCUGGAGAGCCGAGGCAGGAGCAGCGGCAUCAUGCUGGGCCAGAAGACGAACCUCAGCAGGCGCAUCCGUGAGAUGCGUGCCAGCAUAGCCUUGCAAGGUGCUGCCCCCCCCGUUGGCUUUGCGUUAUGGGCUGGGCCAAGUAGGGGGCUUUUGGUCCCCGCAUCAUCCUGCAUGGUACCAACAGCUCCUCAAUGUCCUGCAGGGCAAGCAAGGAAAUUGUACAGCAAGCCACAGGAAGAGAAGUUCACGCAGAACCUGGAGCGGCUGCCCCAGCUGCGAGAGGCGGUGCAGGAGGAUAUCUAUGUCCUGGGCCUUGCCCGCAAGGAGCAGGGAGUGCAGGGCAGCAGGAGGCUGGGACCAUCACUGCCCAGGCUGGCAGUGAUGUGUUCUCUGCCCUUCUUCUGCCCACAGCAUGAGCUCACCGUCGCUGAGGCUUGCGGAGCGGAGCAGCCCUUGGGCAUUGCUUUGGCCAGUAAGCCUUUGGAGGUGGGCCAGGAGAAGCUCCGGGCUGAAGUCUGUCGCCAGGUGAACACAUGCAACAUGCUGCUGUACCAGGUGGAGCAGCGGAGCCGGGCCAAGGAGCGGCUGCAGAGGCGGCUGCAGCAGCUGCAGGAUGUCCAGAGGGCCGAAAAGCAGCAGCAGGCACAGGUCCCAGGGCCCCUCCCUGGGGUGGCAGCACCCGUGGGGGGUUUCAGUCAACCCUGCCCCCCUGGGUGGGCACUGGUCUCAGUAGAUGGGCUCACCCCUUGUCUCCAACCUUCUCUGCCCCAGGUGGUUCGUACCCUGGAGGGCAACAUAGAGAAGAUACAAACAAAAGUCCGCGCUGGGCAGAAGGUGACUGCCCUGUACGUGGCGGUGCGGGAUGCCCUGAGGAAGGAGCUGGCCCACCUGCCUCUGCACCUGGACCUCCUGAGUGAGAUGGCCGAGCUGCAGCAUAGGGAGGUGGAAGACAUGGAGCUCAUGGCCUCGCGUGGGCUCAGAGCUGUUCGUGGAGCCAAGGUGAGACCAUCGUCCAGGGCACCUCGGGGUGCUUUCCUGCCCUCCAGAGCCCACACAUGGCACCAGAUGGCCGUGCUGCUGAGUCUUCCUUCCUUCAAGAAAAAGCAAGACUGAGCUUGGCUUCCCCGCAGCACCCAGAUGCCUCCAUAGCUCCUCCUGUGUCUGGCUCUUGGGCCAGGCUGCCCUGAGCUGGGGACAGCUGCCUGAAGCCCUGGCCACGGGGAAGGUGGCGUUCUCCAUCCUCUAGCUGGCCUUGCUCGCUUUCCUUCCCAGGCUGUUUACAGGGGGUAGGGGGUGGCACUUUUGAUGCUGGCCAUGCCAGGCUUAGAAGCUCACAGAGGUCCGCUGGAGCUUUGGGAGCCACUUCUCUUCUGCU